UUCAAAACAGCUCUCUCCAUAUUCUCGUCCUUGAAUUUUGUCAGGGUUUUUCGGCUUCACCUGUCGUCGUGUUCUUUCACAUCUCUCAUGAGAAGGCAGGUUUCCUUGUGCUGCUCGGCAUUUCUCGGGCGGUGAUGCGACCGGCGGCUUGUGGUGGAGGGCGAGGUCGCUUCUAGCGCCAUUUCCGACGACCGAUGGAUGGUAAAGCGGAUGCUGCUGCCAGAUCCGGCAUUGGGGUUCUCGACCCCUUGUUGGAUCGGAGCACGAGGAAGUUCAUCAAGAGGAAGGACAGCGACGCCGGGGAUGCAGGUCGGGCGCUCGAAGAGUUCAGAAGUUCUCUCCACAACGAGCUCUGCACGUCGGAAGGCGCCAAGCGCCAACAGCAACGGUUCUGUGGGCCGGUCGUGGCAAUGACCUUCAACUUCAUGGUUGCAGUGGGGAUCAUCCUCGCAAAUAAAUUGGUGAUGGGGAGAAUCGGGUUCAACUUUCCGAUCUUCCUCACGCUGAUCCACUACUGCACUGCCUGGGUCCUGAUGGCGAUUUUCAAGACGCUGUCGCUGUUGCCGGUCUCGCCCCCAUCCAAAACCACUCCUUUCUCUUCCAUCUUCGCUUUAGGAGCUGUCAUGUCCUUCGCCACCGGCCUCGCCAAUGCCAGCCUCAAGCACAACAGUGUUGGAUUCUACCAAAUGGCUAAGAUAGCAGUCACUCCAACCAUUGUACUCGCCGAGUUCAUGCUUUUCAAGAAGAGGGUUUCCAUGGAAAAGGUUCUGGCAUUGGUAGUUGUUUCGCUCGGCGUGGCUGUUGCGACUGUGACGGAUGUGGAGUUCAAUGUGUACGGCUUCUGCAUCGCGGUUAUUUGGAUAAUCCCCAGUGCCAUAAAUAAGAUCCUCUGGUCUAACCUGCAACAGCAAAGCAAUUGGACGGCCUUAGCGUUGAUGUGGAAGACGACCCCGGUGACCAUCUUUUUCCUGUUGCCGCUGAUGCCAUUGCUGGACCCUCCAGGAGUGUUGUCUUUCAACUGGGACUUGCGAAACUCGAGCGCAAUUUUGAUUUCGGCCUUCUUAGGCUUUCUCCUACAGUGGUCCGGCGCACUGGCUCUAGGUGCGACUUCAGCCACUUCCCAUGUCGUUCUAGGACAGUUCAAAACGUGCGUGAUCCUCCUCGGAGGCUACAUCUUCUUCCACUCCGAUCCGGGGUCGGUGAGCAUCUGCGGCGCCGUGACGGCACUCUGCGGGAUGUCGGUCUACACGUCGCUUAACCUGAAGGAGCCCGUGGGGACAACGAGGAAGCACCUUCCGAAGCAGGCAUUGCCUGUAUCAACCAAGUCACUCAAUGAACAAACCUCGGAGCCCGAUGUACAUGACCCUGCAAAUAUUGCCUGAAAUUUGACCAUUAGAAAGUGCAUUUUUUUUUUCUAUUUUCAAGGUGUUUUUAUUAGCUUCCCCCAUCACAUUCCGUGAAUGUAGAGAUAAUUAUCUUGUUUAGCUUUCGAUUUUAAUCUGUUUUUAGGAGUUUAGGAUUUACAGGAAUACAGG